AUGGCUUUUUUCUAUUUAUCUGCCAGUUUUCUUGCUUUGGUUGUAUCGGCGAGUUUUGUGCAGUCUUCAAAAGGUAUCAUCUUUCUUCCGUUGCAGUGAUACUCGCGUUCAUUUCUUCUUAGUUUUCCUGAUGCCCACAUCGUGUUUUAAAGUAUAAGCCAAAACCGUUUCAAUUGGUCAUUUUCAUUUCUUUAUCAAACGCAGGACAUGCGCCAAACGUUGGGUUUGUCUUCGCCAAUUUUCUUGCUCACGAAGGCUAUUAUUUGAACAUUGCAACUGUUGGUACAGAACUGGUCCAACACUCCUCUGAGUGCGCGUUCAAGUGUCUCGCGAAGGAUCCAUGUUUGUCCUUCAACUUGGCAGAUUUGGAUGAUAACAUUGACAAUCUGCUAUGUGAACUGCUUCCAUCUGACCAUUACACUCAUUCAGACAAGUUCAUCACCAACCAUCUUCGGUAUCACUACAGUAUUGAGGUAAAAUUCUUCUUCUUUUUCUACUUUAUCUUAUUAUUUCAUCCUGAUAAUAACUAAAACCAGUUGAAAGCAUUUGAGCAAAUUUUAUUCAGUUGUUUAACAUAAACAUAUCUCUCGUUGCAAGCCAUUUUUAAGUCGUUUUUUUACUAUUCGUCCCUAGUCGGUUUUUAUCAAGGGAGUAACUAAUUGAUUUUCUCGGUCUUAGUCUCCUUGCUCGAUGUUGCCCUGUCAAAACGAUGGAACUUGUGUAUCUCUUUACCGGAAAAACAGCUACAAGUGUCGCUGUACGAAAGCGUACACAGGAAGCCACUGCGAAAAAGGUAAAGUUUUAGUUUCUAGAACAAUAUUUUCAAAAAUAUUUCGCGGGCGUGCUUGCCGUAUCGGAUUCCUACUGAGUCAUCACUCGUCGCCAUUUGACUUCACACUGGCUUACUUUUGCAAUCAUAAAUUUUCCAAUAAUUACUUAUUUUCCCUAUUCUUUAUACAUCAGUUGAUAAUGACUGCAGCUGUUCCUCGGGACCAGAAGGAAAACAGAGAUGCAAAAUAG